UGUUAGAGGCAAGCAGGGUUAAAGGGAGGGGGCAGUAGGAGGGCAGCCUCGUGUCCUGAAUGUUCUCAGUUUUAUGUAAUGUUCUCCUGAAUAAAGGACCCUGCAUCUUUACUACACAUGACUUAAUAUCUAUGGCUGUAUACAACUUUCCAAUAAAAUACUCACAGACAGUGGACAGCAUCCUCCUGAGUUGUCCCCGUACUUUUGUCCUGUAAGGGACAGCUGUUGCUUGUAGAAAGUUGCUCUGAUGGUCAGCAGCAGCCCUGAGGCCCACAUGCUGAGUGUGUAAGACUGGCUGGCUGCCUGCUGCUUGGUUUGCUGUGUUCUGUGUCAGCAACGGCUGCUAGUUUCCCACAGGAAAUCUUGGUGGCUGAGCACAUUUGUGACCCAGGAAGUGGCAACUAAGUGCUUGGGGUACUGACUCAAGGCUGCUGUGUGCUGUGAGGUGAGUUCUGAUUUUGUUGAAGCACAAUUGCCAGUUGAGGCUGCCUUCUCUGACUGCCCCAUGGUGGACAGCUGAAGCACAGCCUUCCAGGUGUUGGGAGUCAGCCAGAGUAUGGCUCUCGGUCCAGAUGGAUGGCAAAACCUAGGGUUGCUGGCAAAGGGAAGAAGUUGACAACACUGUGGGCACUUUUCCCACUGAAAUGGCUACAUGUACUGCCCAUCGCAGCGUCUAGCACCCUGCAGCGUGAGUGUUGGCUUUGUGUUCACAAGCAGGAGUGGUUGGCAGCUGUUUUUGUGGGUCAACAGUAAGGCCCCCGCACACCAAGGCUGUGAUGGCUGCAGUUCUUGGACCCUGCUGUCAGGGUGGUGCUCCCUGGUGCCCCUCCACAUGCACUGGGUCGAGGCUUGUGCAGGGCUGUGGGCUGUUUCUGGGACACUUUGGCAGGUCUGUGUAGGAUAUCUUUCAUCUCGGUGGCAGCCUGGGCCCAGAGAGAGCCAGCGGAGGGUGGCAGUGGGAACCUAGCUUAUGUGCUCAGGGCUCCCAGGUACUUCCAGGAAGGUGCGAGAAGUGCAGAGGAUCCCUGCUCUCCAGGAAGGCUGCAGAGGUGAUGAAGUGCCCUCCGGGCAUCCCUGUCCAAGAUUGUCUGUCACCAGGACAGGGCCCUCCUUCCUGCCCUACCUCAGGAAUUCCUGUCUUGCAGGUACCCUGGGAAGGGACUCACUUGAAGCCUGCAGUGUGGUCUGCCUGGGUGCAUGGUGCUGUCCAGGCGUCUAGGCCCCUUCCUAGACUUGCUGAGUUAGACAGCAGAUCCACUCUCUGCUGUUCUUAGGCUGUGCCCUGUGCCACUGGGGGCCAGGUUCUCCCCAACCCAGCCCUGAGUGGUGCUUGUUCAUGGCCCAAGGAGGACGGUGAUAGCAGGGAUGAAUCCUUUGUCAACAAGCUCCAUUCUGAGGUAGACAGGCCACCUUCGAGGCCUCCUGUCCCCUAGCUCUCUCUGAACAGUGGAGAUGGGCAGGCUCCUCACUGGUGGUCAGGAUCCCCAUGCUGCCCUAAGAGUGGAGACUUCCCAGGUAGAGGGGAGGGAAAACCCAGAACCCCUGGGGUUCCCUUCCUUCAGGGUUACUACUGUUUCCCCAUUCUUGACCUGUCUCUUCCCCACUCACUGCCCCGUGUACCUGGUGGGACCUUUUUUUUUUUUUUUUUAAUUUUUUAAUAUUUAUUUUUUAGUUCUCAGCGGACACAACAUCUUUGUAUGUGGUGCUGAGGAUUGAACCCUGGCCGCACGCAUGCCAGGCGAGCGCACUACUGCUUGAGCCACAUCCCCAGCCCCCUGGUGGGACCUUUUGAGAUGAAGUCGUGUUUACCUUUUGGAUCACUGUCACCAAAAUUCCUGACAAGAACAAGUUAGAGGAGGAAAGGUUUAUUUGGGGCUCAUGGUCUCAGAGGUUCUGUCCGUAGAUGGCCCACUCCAUUGCUCUGGGCUCGAGGUGAGAGAGCACGUCAUGGGGACAGGCCCAGUUAAAGAAAGCUCCUCGGUCGAUGGCCUGGUUGAGAGGGAGGAAGAGCACCACUGUGGUUCCACAUUAACAGGAGUUUUGGGGGGACUCUUUAUGUCAAAACCAUAAUAAGUAGUGAGCCCUGAGACAAGGCACAGGAGCUCAAAGGCAGGGGGAACAUGACCAGCAAUGACAUGCCGGGCCCAGGAACCACAGUGACCCAGGCCAGGCAGGGGUGAGGGAAAGGUGAAGGGUGAGGGAAAGUUGUCAGGUCUCCCGGAGAGGGUCCUAGGGUGCCAAAUCCCUGUGUUUCUGAGUCCCAGAAGCCCUGUCCCUUGUCUGUCCCUGUGGUAACUAUGAGAGGGUGGCAAGGGGGCUUUGUCAGAAGACCAGCUCAGGCAGAGGCCCUAACCAGAGCCGUGAUGCCAUGUAGCAUGGAGGGUGCUGCAGGGAAGGAGCCCUGGGGGCCACCAUGUCUGGUGCUUCUCUGUUCUCACACCUUGGCACCCGGGGGCAAGCCAGCAUACCGAGCCCUGUGUGCGCUCCUCCAGGUCCUCCCUUCUUGUCCAGGCAGUCCUGGGUGUCAGUGGGUGCUGGUAUUUUAACUAAGCCCUUCCCACGUUCUGCCUGGCUGCGGCUGUCUCUGGUGGGCUCAUCUGAGUGAUAGUCUUCCAGAAUGUGGCGGUUUGCGGGCUAGGGCUGAGGGGAGUUGUUUGGCUGUUCUAAAACUACCAGGUGUGGUGGCAGGCAGAUGCUGUCACAGGCUGGACUACCUGGUGGCCUUCCUGCUAGGCAUUUGUCAGCUGAGGUGUGGUCCCAAGUUUCUCCAGACAUUGCCAGACACCCUCCACUCUGAUCUCCCUGCCUCUGUCCCUUCUCCUGAGGGAGAGGUUGGGCACCCCCCCCCAUGUCUUGUAAAAGGCCCAGCAGCAAGUGGCCGGUGGGGCGAUAGCUGGCAGGCAGACAUGGCAGCUGGCCUGCGCAGGCAGGCUCAGGCUGGGAAGCUGGGUUCACAGAGACCGGCAAGCUGCUUGGCUGCAGAAUGACCACAGCACCAACUCCCAGUACUUGGGUCUUCCUGCUCCAAGUCUUCUCUGUGCUGGGCCGGGUUCAGGGAUGGUUGGUCACAGGUCCCUGCUGGUAUGGCCUCCUGUUGGGCCUGUGGUUGCCUGUGACAGGGGUACGGGGUGUGGACUGUCUCCUCAGUUUGCCUCCCAGCUGUGAUUAGGGUGACUGGUUCCUGGCAGGAGGGAGGGGGUGUGUGUGUAUCAUGGAGGUCAGUGGGCUGGUUGGGGGUCACCGUCUCUACUUCCCCUGCCUCUGCCAUGCCUGCAAGGAGGGCCCUGUGCAGAGGAGACUGGGGAAGGGUGGGAUGCCUGCCCUGGCUGUGCCGAUGCUUUCCCAGGAUCUCCGUGGACAGAAGCUGAACUCAUUGCAAGGGCCCAGGGAGCAGAAGCCCAGCACAGUCUGCCCCUAGCUGGUGACUCUGCAGAUCAGGCAGUGGGGAGCCACUUGGUCCUGCUGGAGAAAGGUGUGAUGUCCCUCCCAGAUAGCUUUCACGGGGACUGGAGUGUUUCCAGCAAAAGGUCAAGGGAGCUGGACCAGCUAGUGGAACUGGGCCCCAGGGCCAGGUGUACCCGUGCUGCCCGAUGACUUCCAGUGCUGGGAUGUGGUGAGCACACAGUGGUGGGUGAGGCAAGAGUGGCCUGGCCGGCUGGGCCCCUAGGACAUUGGGUCUGCUAGUUGUCCCAGGAGCACAAGCUUCCUGGGUGCUGGAGUUUUACUCGCUAUCAUGCAUUCAGUGAUUGUGGAGGCCAGCAGGGGCUAGCCAGCCAGGGAUAUGGCCAUGAGUGGGCAUGGGGGCAGCCCUUGGAGGCCCUGCCUUUGUGGGCUUGCUGUCUGGGCAAGGGAGUUGAAUGGCAUUGUGUGGGGCAUUCUGGUGGCCCUAAGGGCAGUGAGGGGCUGCUCUGGCUGUACUUGUGGUAGCAGAGAUGUGGGUGGCAGUGUUGUACAGGCGGCAGAGACGGCUAGAAAGGCAGAGGUGGCUGCCCACCAGACCCCUCCCCUGACUCGCAGGUGCCCAAGAGCCUGGGGCUAUCUGGGCCUGAGGCAUCACUGGCCACUGGUGCUGUGCCUUCUGGCCUUGGGCCUCAGUGCCACACCUUGUCAGGGUCCCAAGAGCCCAGAGAGGGGAGGUCCCAGACCAGCGCGGUGCUCUCUGAAAAAGCAGAACUCUGCUGCUCAGGACGGCUCCUAGUUGUUCCUGGUUCAGGAGAGAGUGAGCUUUAAUUCUCCUGUUUCUAUGCCAGCCCUGGUGGUCCUAGGUGGUGGGCAGCAGGGAGAACUGCCCAAUGCUGAGUUGACCAGAUGAUUCUUGUCCCUGAGGAUCUGAAGCAGGUACAGACCAAGAGCUGGACAUAAGCUUUGGACUGGUGCUGGGAUGGCCUGCGGGCUUCCCGCCUCUGCCUCUAGCUGCAGACACCCAUCUCUAAGCAGAGCUGGAGUGGGGGCCUCCUGUGCCCACCUGUGGCUUCCAGACUGAGUGUCCCGCUGGGGCAGGAACAGGGACCUGAAGCAGAGCCCGGUUGGAGGGGUGAUGUGUUCAUCUCUCCCCUGGUCACUCUCGGGCCUAGGCUGCCUCUGUUCUGUGGCUGGGCAAGGCCCCCAGGCCCCAUCUGGAGCUGGAGGGACAUUGGCUGAUCGACCAGCCAGCCAGGGCAACCCCCAGCCUCUGUUGGAAGCUGAGCAUGAGUGCUGUCCCCUACUCCCGGGGGAGCUCCUUCGCAAGCCAUGGGCCCGACAUUUAAAUGAGAGAGUACAGGUGACUCCUUCGUGGUCCCUGUGUCCCCUCCCCCUGUUCACGUCCUGUCUUUUAGAUGCAUUUGUAUUAACAAGACUUCCUUCAAGAUUAGCUCAAUACAGAAUUCUCAGGCUGUAGGUCUGAAGGAACGCCUGGGACCAGCCUCAUGGUUGGCCUCCUAAGGCUGUGACUUGGCUUGUUGCUUUUGCAAACUUGCUAUAAGUGUAGUGCCUGUGGUGGCCUCUCAUGCUAGGCUCUUGUCCUCCAAGCUGUUUGUGAACUGCGCAUUGCUGUCAUUCAUGGUGAGGUGGGUUUGUGCUCCCUUGGGGACUAAAACCUCGCUGUAGGUCCCAGUACUCCCUGAAGGACCAGGGCAGGUGCUUCUGUAAGGGUGCCACCUUAGACCAGGCCAGACUUCUCCAGAGUAGGUCCUAAUAGGGCCAUGUGCCCUCACUGUGCUGUCCCUGACUCGCGGGGGCCAAGGGCUGUGCCCUUCCUGUGAACAUCCUGGUGGUGCUGUGUGGGCUGGUGUCUGGUGAGCCUGCAUCCUGCCCAACUUGCUGCUUGUCUGACUUUCUCGUGGAGCUGUGGGAGUUCUUUCCCUGUUCUGGAUGCAAGUCGUGGGAGCCAUGCUCUGUGCAGCUCACCUCGGGCCCUGCUGCCUGUGCAAUUGCCAGAUGGGGUCCUGUUGAACAGCAGCCCUCCACUCAGUACCUGUCUAACGAGGCUACACCAAGAAACAGUCUGUUUUCUCCCAAAGGCUGAGUUGUUUUACCUUAUCAAUCAACUAGCUGGGGUAUGGCUCAGGCAGAAGCCAGCCUAGCAUGAGCGAGGCCCUGGGUUCCAUCCCCAGCACCACAGGAACCAGCAGCAACCAGCCAAAAUCCUAAAUAAACCAACCGACUGAAACCAGUUUACUAGCAUGUGCUGCACCCUGCUCAGUCUGAUUGCUGUCCCUCUUCCAGGCCAGGUUCCCCGUCCACCUUGUCUCCUGGCCUCCCCUGGUGCUGACCUGUGUACCUGUGCUCCCACCUCCCCUGGACCCAGGCCAUUUGUUCCUACUUCCUGCCCCUCUGCCUCCCGCUUUUGUGUUGGUGCUUUCUGCUCCUGGCCUGCCCUCUCUCCCAGGUGGCCCUUUAGACAGGUGUCUGUGGGUAGGCUGGGCCUGGCCUCCCGACAUGGCCUGAGGGUGCUCUCUGCUUACAGGUCCUGAGCAGCCCCUUGCACCAUGGACCCUGACCCCCAGGCGGGUGUGCAGGUGGGCAUGCGAGUGGUGCGUGGCGUGGACUGGAAGUGGGGCCAGCAGGAUGGCGGCGAGGGCGGCGUGGGCACCGUGGUGGAGCUCGGGCGCCAUGGCAGCCCCUCCACCCCAGACCGCACAGUUGUCGUGCAGUGGGACCAGGGCACUCGCACCAACUACCGCGCCGGCUACCAGGGUGCCCACGACCUGCUGCUCUAUGACAAUGCGCAGAUUGGCGUCCGCCACCCCAACAUCAUCUGCGACUGCUGUAAGAAGCAUGGGCUGCGGGGCAUGCGCUGGAAGUGCCGCAUUUGCUUCGACUACGACCUCUGCACCCAGUGCUACAUGCACAACAAGCACGACCUCACCCACGCCUUCGAGCGCUAUGAGACGGCCCACUCACGCCCUGUUACCCUGAGUCCCCGCCAGGGUCUCCUUAGGAUCCCACUAAGGGGCAUCUUCCAGGGUGCAAAGGUGGUGCGAGGCCCCGACUGGGAGUGGGGCUCACAGGAUGGCAAGCCAGCAGAGCUGCAACGCAGGGUGAGUGCGGACGGCCAGCCCUUCCAGCGUGGGGACAAGGUCAAGUGUCUGUUGGACAUAGACGUCCUGAGGGACAUGGAGGAAGGCCAUGGCGGCUGGAACCCCAGGAUGGCAGAGUUUAUCGGACAGACGGGCACCGUGCACCGCAUCACCGACCGUGGGGACGUGCGUGUGCAGUUCAACCACGAGACCCGCUGGACGUUCCACCCCGGGGCUCUCACCAAGCACAACUCCUUCUGGGUGGGCGAUGUGGUUCGUGUCAUCGAUGACCUGGACACUGUGAAGCGACUACAGGCUGGGCAUGGCGAGUGGACAGAUGACAUGGCCCCAGCCCUGGGCCGCAUCGGGAAAGUGGUAAAGGUAUUUGGAGAUGGGAACCUGCGUGUGGCAGUCGGUGGGCAGCGGUGGACCUUCAGUCCUUCCUGCCUGGUGGCUUACCGACCAGAGGAGGACACCAAUCUGGACGUGGCUGAGCGUGCCCGGGAGAACAAAAGUUCACUGAGUGUGGCCCUGGACAAGCUGCGGGCUCAGAAGAGUGAUCCAGAGCACCCAGGGAGGCUGGUGGUGGAGGCAGCGCUGGGCAAUGUGGCCCGGGCUCUUGACCUGCUGCGGAGGCACCCAGAACAGGUGGACACCAAGAACCAGGGCAGGACUGCCCUGCAGGUGGCUGCGUACCUGGGCCAGGUGGAGCUCGUGCGACUGCUGCUGCAGGCAAGGGCAGGCGUGGACCUGCUGGAUGAUGAGGGCCACACUGCACUGCACUAUGCAGCCCUGGGGAACCAGCCUGAGGCUGCCCGGAUGCUCCUGAGUGCAGGGUGUGGGGCAGAUGCCCUCAAUGGUGCCCGGAGCACAGCGCUGCACUUGGCUGUGCAGAGGGGCUUCCUGGAGGUGGUGAGGAUCCUAUGUGAGCGUGGCUGUGAUGUCAACCUUCCUGAUGCCCAUGCCAAUACACCUCUGCACUCUGCCAUCUCCGCGGGGGCCGGCGCCAAUGGCAUCGUGGAGGUCCUCACCGAGGUUCCGGGCAUCAACGUUGCUGCUGCUGACAGCCAGGGCUUCACACUCUUGCACCAUGCGUCCCUCAAGGGCCACGCGCUAGCCGUCAGGAGGAUUCUGGCACGGGCCCGGCAAUUGGUGGACGCCAAGAAGGAGGAUGGCUUUACUGCGCUGCAUCUGGCUGCCCUCAACAACCACCGUGAGGUGGCUCAGAUCCUCAUCCAAGAGGGCCGCUGUGAUGUGAACGUGCGCAACCGGAAGCUCCAGUCCCCAUUGCACCUGGCCGUGCAGCAGGCCCAUGUGGGGCUGGUGCCCCUGCUGGUGGAUGCUGGUUGCAGUGUUGACACCGAGGAUGAGGAGGGGGACACGGCCCUGCAUGUGGCGCUGCAGCGCCAUCAGCUGCUCCCCCUGGUGGCUGACAGGGCUGGGGGGGACCCAGGGCCCUUGCAGCUGCUGUCCAGGCUACAGGCCUCAGGCCUCCCAGGCAGCUCGGAGCUGACGGUGGGUGCUGCGGUGGCAUGCUUUCUGGCACUGGAGGGUGCUGAUGUGACCUAUUCCAACCAUCGUGGCCGAAGCCCUCUGGACCUGGCCACAGAGAGCCGGGUGCUCAAAGCUCUGCAGGGCUGCGCCCAGCGCUUCCGGGAGCGACAGGCCGGCGGCAGCGGCGGCGGGAGCGCGGUCCCGGGCCCCAGGCAUGUGCUCAGCACUCCCAACACGGUGACGAACCUGCACGUGGCUGCCACUGCGGGGCCCGAGGCUGCUGAGUGUCUGGUGUGCUCGGAGCUGGCGCUGCUAGUUCUGUUCUCCCCGUGCCAGCACCGCACUGUGUGCGAAGAGUGCGCGCGCCGGAUGAAGAAGUGCAUCAGGUGCCAGGUGGUCAUCAACAAGAAGCUGCGUCCAGACGGCUCCGAGGUGGCAAGUGCUACCCCGGCGCCUGGUCCGCCGCGGCAGCUGGUGGAGGAGCUUCAGAGCCGCUACCGGCAGAUGGAGGAGCGCAUCACCUGCCCGAUCUGCAUCGACAGCCACAUCCGCCUCGUGUUCCAGUGUGGCCACGGCGCGUGCGCACCCUGCGGCGCCGCGCUCAGCGCCUGUCCCAUCUGCCGCCAGCCCAUCCGCGACCGCAUCCAGAUCUUCGUGUGAACGCGCGGCCCCCUGGAGCUGCCUCGCACCCCUGUGUUUUAUAAAAAGAUUCUCGGACUUU